AGGCGCGAGCCGAGAAAGGAUCCUGUAGUCUCCAGUGCGGCAGUGUGUCCACAUGGCGCUGUGGCGCGGCUCUGCGUGCGCCGGCUUCCUGGCGCUGGCCGUGGGCUGCGUGUUUCUGCUGGAGCCGGAGCUGCCGGGCACAGCGCUACGCUCGCUCUGGAGCUCGCUGAGGCUGGGGCCCGCGCCAGUGCCCCCGGGAUCUCUGUCCCCAGAGAGCCGGCUGGCGGCCGCUUGGGAUGCCCUCAUCGUGCAGCCCGCCCGGCGCUGGCGCCGCGUGGCUGUGGGAGUCAAUGCCUGUGUGGAUGUGGUCAUCUCUGGCGUGAAGCUCCUUCAGGCACUCGGCCUAAGUCCUGGGAGUGGAAGAGACCAUGCUGUUCUACACUCAAGAAGUGAUCUGGAAGAAGCCUUUGUCCACUUCAUGGGGAAGGGAGCUGCUGCUGAACGCUUCUUCAGUGAUAAAGAGACCUUUCAUGACAUUGCCCAGGCUGCGUCUGAGUUCCCAGGAGCCCAGCACUAUGUAGGAGGAAAUGCCGCUUUAAUUGGACAGAAGUUUGCUGCCAACCCAGACUUAAAGGUUCUUCUUUGUGGUCCAAUUGGCCCAAAGCUACAUGAACUUCUUGAUGACAAUGUGUUUGUUCCGCCAGAGUCACUGCAGGAAGAGGAUGAGUUCCACCUUAUUUUAGAGUACCUGGCAGGGGAGGAGUGGGGCCCGUUUAAAGCUCCCCAGGCCAACCGGUUCAUCUUCUCUCACGACCUCUCCAACGGGGCCAUGAAUAUGCUGGAGGUGUUUGUGUCUAGCCUGGAGGAGUUCCAGCCUGACCUGGUGGUCCUUUCUGGAUUGCACAUGAUGGAGGGACAAAGCAAGGAGCUCCAGAGGAAGAGGCUCUUGGAGGUUGUGACCUCCAUCUCUGACAUCCCUACUGGUAUUCCAGUUCACCUAGAGCUGGCCAGUAUGACCAACAGGGAGCUCAUGAGCAGUAUUGUGCAUCAGGUCUUUCCCGCAGUGGCUUCUCUUGGGCUGAAUGAACAGGAGCUGCUGUUUCUCAGCCAGUCAGCAUCUGGACCCCAUGCUUCUCUCUCCUCCUGGGACGGCAUUCCUGAUGUGGGCAUAGUCAGUGAUAUCCUCUUCUGGAUCUUGAAAGAACAUGGAAGGAGCAAAAGCAGAUCCUCGGAUCUCACCAGGAUCCAUUUCCACACGCUGGUCUACCACAUUCUGGCAACCGUGGACGGACACUGGGCCAACCAGCUUGCAGCUGUAGCUGCAGGAGCUCGUGUAGCUGGGACACAAGCCUGUGCCACGGAAACCAUAGACGCCAACCGAGUAUCUCUGAGCGCACCUCAGGAGUUUAUGACAUCCCGUCUGGAGCCCGGCUCCAGGAUUGUAUUAAACCCAAAUAAGCCAGUGGUGGAGUGGCACAGGGAGGGGAUCACUUUCCACUUCACACCUGUGUUGGUGUGUAAAGACCCUGUUCGAACUGUAGGCCUUGGUGAUGCCAUUUCUGCUGAAGGCCUCUUCUAUUCAGAAGCAUACCCUGAUUAGGAAUGCUGUAGACGGUUAUAUGAGGAAGGAAAGCCACCCAUCUUAAGAAUUCCAGGACGAACAUAGCUUGGGAAAUAGGCUUGUGGGUGUCAGAACAGUUCCUAGAUCUAAUUGGAAGGCAGCCAAAGAAAUGACAGCAGAUUAAACUGCACAGAUACAUUCCAGCCUGCGGGCAGCAUAAAAUCACUUCAGGUAAUCGAAACGUAGCUAUCUACUAACGAGACUGGAUUUUUGUUUUUUGUGUGUGCUACAAAGGUUAAGAACACCUC